UCUCGAGUAGACUCAUCCUCAACUCCAUAAAAAACGAGCUUGCUGGCUAAAAAGGACAGGCAACUUGCUCUGCACCGCGCAUCUUCAUUCACGACCCGCCACGCGCCGUGUGUCUGUGCCUGUGAACAACUUUGCGGCACUCUCGCACACCUCUGGCGUCGAUCGUAGGGCCGAGCAGUGUGGACGUGAGCGAGCACGGUUCCGAGACGCGCGACACGACCGCCGCGCAGCGACCGUUGGUCUCGACCUUGUCCAUUUCACCUUCACACACUGGCUUCACACUUUGGCACAACCUCCAUCACCCUCUUCCUUUUUGCAUUCAUGAACUUCACGACAUACAAUCAUAGAGAGAGAGACUCGACGACGCCCCCAGGCCAAACGACACCCUCCAUCACCCCCCUCCCAGCCCCCUUCACCCUCGACACGGUCACCCACUCCACACCUCACCUCAUCAUCAUCACCCCUCCUUUCAUCCCUCCUCAACAUGGCAGACUCUGCCCCGUUCGAGCUGGAACCAACCCAGCUCUCUCAGCCCUACUCGCAGCAGCCGGCCAGCCAGUUUGCCAACUCGCAGGUCGACCCACGACGAAAGUACUGGGCGGUCCUUAUCCCAACAAACUCGAAGCAUGCCAUCUUGAAGCUGCCCUGGUCCAAGCCGAGCAUCCAGGUCGGGCGCGGAGGACCUCCUGUGCCAAAUGACGUCGUGCUCAGAGAGAAGCGCGUCUCAAACUCGCACUGCCGCUUCUUCCUCGGAACUCCGAACGGACUGAAGGACGAAGCGUCCGUCAACAGCUUUAGGAAUAGCGACGAGGACCCACCCGUGUGGGUCGUAGACUUGGGCAGCAGUAACGGGACAUUUGUGAACGGCACAAAGGUGACGAAGCGGCACUUGGUCUCUGGGGACGAGAUUUCGCUGGGCCACGAGUCGGCAGCGACCAACCACGAAGUCCGCUACAUCUUCCGUUCUGUCGGUGGGAAAGGAGGCCGCAGGCAGCCCGCCGAGGAGAAGGUCGGCGCGGUGUACGAGCGCUACGAGAUGCUGUCUGAUCUGGGGAAGGGAACCUUUGCGACGGUGAAGAUGGCCGUAGACAUUGAGAGCGGUGAUCGGCGAGCGAUCAAGCAGAUCACCAAGCACCGCUUUCAGCACAACCCCAAGACGCUCAAGCUGUUCCAGCGCGAGAUCGAUAUCUGCCAGCAGCUCACCCAUGAGAACAUCUGUCGUCUGAUUGAGUGGUACGAGGACCCACAACACAUCCACCUGGUCCUGGAGUUCGUUGACGGCGGCGACCUUCUCGACUACAUUAUGAACUGGGACGGCGAUGGUCUCCCGGAGAAGGAGGUCCAGGAGUUGACGUCACAAAUCUGCCAGGCCAUGGCGUACUGCCAUGAGAAUGGCGUGACGCAUCGCGACCUGAAGCCAGAGAACAUUCUCCUUACCAAGGGGACCGAAUCGCAGGAGAGGAUGAUCAAGAUCGCCGACUUUGGUCUGGCCAAGAUGGUCGACCAGGGAACGAUGCUCAAGUCAAUGGUCGGCACGCCCCAAUACCUCGCUCCCGAGGUUGUCAUGCAGACCAAGCAGAAGCCGGGAUACGAGAGUGUGGUCGACUCGUGGUCUGUGGGGAUCAUCGUCUACAGCAUGCUCACGAAGGCAUUACCAUUCGACGACGACGAGAAGCUCACAUUGGAGCAGCGGAUCAGGUCACGACACAGCGUUGAUUUUGACCGCCAGCCGCUUUACACACACAAGGUGUCUGAGGCUGGCAUCGACUUCAUCGCGAGGCUGCUUGACAGCGAGCCAACGACCCGUAUGACCAUGGAAGAGGCCUUGAGACACCAAUGGCUGCUCGGCGCGCCGCUCAAGGAGUCACCGCCGUCCCAGACUCUUGGAGGCGACUCGGAGUGGAACAUCAAGUCAUUUGACACGUUCGACGACUCUGACUCUGACAUUGAGCCGUACAACGGCCUCGACGACGACGCCAGUUCGGCUGGUGGUCGCAACCGUGGCAUGACUGCGUCGAUGACCAACUUUGGUGGCGAUAGCGAGAGAGAGGGCAACUCGGACGAGAGCUUUUCGCAGCCCAUGGCGGACAUGCACCUCGACACUCCGAACCAGAAGUCGACUGCUCGCAGCCGCUUAGGACAGGAAUUGAAGGCGGAUGUCGAUGUCUUGCCUACACCCCCAACGACCGGGACACCUACGGCACCACCGUCUAUCAGCGCCGGUAUGGAUGUGGACCCAUCAUCCCCUGCAUCAAAGAUGGACGUCGACGGUUCGGGGAGAAACGCCACGCCAGUUCCAAGGACGCCAGGGGGACUUGUGCGACGAGCCGGGACAGCCAAGGCACCACCCAAGCGCAAGCAAGAUGAUGCGGUUGGCUCGGGCAUGUUCAGCUCGGGCAGCUUAUCGCCACCGCCACCAGAGGUCCCGGAGGCGCCAGCACAGCGCGAACGCGAGACGACUCCUCGCGCAGCUGCUGCGGGGGGAUCUCGCCGCUUAACCCGAGCCCAGACGGCCAAGGCUGCUGCGGAGGCCUCACCGCACACGCGGGCGAAGUCGAAGGCCAACGUGGCGACGCCGGUCCAGGACGACACUUCGCCAGCAAAGCGAUCGCGCGCAAGGAAGUCUAUGCGUCUGGGAUAGGAGAAGGGUGCGUUGGAAGAUUGAAACCAUGGAAAGUGUGGAAGGC